GCCUUGGACUACAUGGUGCAGCUCAAGCAGGAAGCAGACUCUGGGAGUGGCCUGGAGAAGAAAGAUGAACAACCUGGUGAACCAGUGAGUGAGCAUGAGUUCACCAAUGCUCCUUGGCACAUGCCUUCCAGCACUCCUGUGCAAAGUUCUCCUCUUCCAAAAGCUCGACCAGUUGGGACCACUGAACACACAGUGCAAAAGAAGGAGGUGGCUGAAGAGAGUGAGACAGCCAACAAAUCUGUGUCGCACAACAGCAAGACCCAAGGAAUGGCAGCAACAAGUGAUGCCACACAAGGGACUGAGGAGUCCAAGAACCAGAAAGACUACACUACAGUUAGUCCAGACCAGGUGCCACUACAGCAGGAGCAGGGCAGUCAACCUUGUGGAAGUCGACCUAAAUUGAUUUCCUCUCCACAAGACAUGUGGAAGCAGCUCUAUGGUGAUGGUGGCAUACUUACCAAGCAGGAACCAAAGAAUCAGAAGAAUGAUGAAGUUCGAGCAUGGAAUGGAUGGGCUAUGAAGAUGGGGCUUCUUCUACUGGCCUGGUGUAAUCAUGAGAGCCCAAGAGCUAAGAAGAUGUUGUCAACAUAUUGUCAGAACAAGAAGAUGAAGCUCAUCAUGGCAGCCAUCAAGGAGAAGGUUGAGAUGCAUGGCUGGCCAGAUUGGACUGAUCCUGGCCCACAUGAAUGA